AUGGCCCGUGCGUCACCGCGCCUCGUCUUUCCUGCGCGGUUUUGUGUCGUUAAGCCCCUCUCCCGCUUGCGAAACUCGCUUGGGGAGGGGUAUACUGUGAGAUCUGCCGGUGCUUUCGCCGCAGCGCCGGUCAAGGCAACUGCCCGCUUCCCUGGGCCCGCUCAUUUCAACCAAUCCCAAUCUUCUUUGAACUCCAGCUCGAUAUACAACCUAAAGACUUGGACUUGUACCUCUUACUUUAUCGUUAACAACAUCUUUAACGCGAGACACGCCAUUGAUCCUCAUGGCGACGCCCUAAUACGCGGCGUACACAGUCACAACUUUGAGACGGCUUUUAUAAAGCGGAUUUGCUGA